GCACUUCAGUCAGAUUCAAACCGCGGUGAGGAAAGAAUAUCCGGACAAUACGAUGAAAAGCCUUAUCAAGUGCUCUUUGGCUUUCUGCUGCCUUUGCCUGGCACUGAUCGAUCCGGCGGAAUCCGAAUUACCGCCCAACAGAUUUAACAUUAGCUUCGCCCAGCUGGAUUCCUGUGAAAGCUACUCGGUUCCAAAUACAGGAUAUGGCUACCGGAAAUUCUACGUGCUCCACGAGCUGAACAACAACAACCAAAGGGAAGGGGAGCGGCUGCACUUGAAAUUUUACGUCCUGACCUCCAUGGAUGCACACAUCCUGCUCUCGGUGACGAGUCAUCCGCGUAUAAAUGAUCGCGUUUACGAGAUCGUGAUAGGCGCCGGCGGAAAUACGUUUUCCGCAAUCCGUACCUCCAUGGGAGUGAGACGAGUGGCGACGAGUCAAGAAGCGCACUUGGUUUCACUGUACGAGCCAACGCCAAUUGAGAUUGUCCAGACACAGAAUGGCGAGUUGUUUGUUUACAUACCCGGCUUCAAGCAGGAGCCUCUGAUGCAGUUCAUCGACGAGGCGCCACUGACCGUCAACUAUCUGAGUUUCAGCUCCUUUGGUUCUAAUACAGCGCGGUGGUUCUACGACUGCGGCUUCGAUGGUUAUGACAAGGAAAUAGACCCAGAGGUGCACGAAGUAACUGCAGCUGAAAAACUCCUGAACCGAUUGAACUUCCUGGCGGAGAAUGCCACCGUGCCGGCAAAUCUGAGCUCCAUAUUGUUCCACUUCCAAACGCGAUCACUUGCCUACGAGCAAACCAAUUCUCUGCUUCAGACCCGCAUGCACAUGAUGAUGCACUGGCAGGACAAUCGCCUUGGCUGGAAUCCCCAGGAAUUCGGUGGUCUAAAGUCCUUCGAACAUCGUGAUCUGCGCAUAUGGACACCGCACUUGAACGUGCUCAACGGUGCCCUGCAGUCCAUGGGUGAGGUCCUGCGAUCCUACGAGCUGAGGAUCUUCGCCAACGGCAGCAUCACCCUCUACGCCAACAACCUGCAGCUGACCAGUUGGUGUGUGGACAGUGCCCGAAACUGGCCAAACGAGCGGGUUACCUGCGACAUCGAACUGGGCCUGAUCACCCAGGAGGGGCAGGAGAACUUGGCGCUAAUCUACGAUGCCAAACGCAGGCCUAUUGCGCCCAAUGAGCACGUGAACAUGCCGUCUGGCUGGUCAUUCUCCGAGGUGUCCGUGGUCCAGGUGGACAGCGAUUCGGCGAGGCGGUACAACCCCAAAGGAGUGCUGCAGAAAAUGGCGGGGGAUGUGGCCAUCGAGUUUACACUGCAGAGGAACCGCAGCUUCUACAUGGUCGUCUUCUAUUUGCCUUUGAUUGCCUGCCAGAUGUUCUUGAUAAUGUCCUUUGUGCUCCGUUCUACUCGCAGAAGUGCCCUCAUUCUUAUCGCAUUGCUGAUAACUGCCUGGGGUUUAAUGUAUAUGACGCGCCAUGCCUCCCCGCAUUAUGUGCCGCCCCUAAUGACUGCAUAUAAAGCUGUAAUGAUGGUCACCACCUAUUGCUACAUUCUGCACAUUUGCAUUAUAUGGCUGGAAUUGUACCCACCGAGGUCAAAGGCACCCGACUUUUUGGUGGCCCUAAUAAACUCCAAUGCGCUGCGCUGCAUUCUGGGCCUGCGAUUUGCGGAUUCCAACGACUAUUGCGACAUUCAGGAAAAUCCCUGGCGUCAUCUGGCCAAAAUCCUAAACAACCUGAGCUCCCUUUUAGUCAUCUUUACCUUCGCCCUCGUGGAUGUUACAAGUGGUGUUUGAAAAACUGAAUUUUUCUUUAUUUGUGCCUUUGAGAGAAUAUGAAUGGUUUCUUAAAUAAAUAAGAAGUAAACAGA